AUGGCUUCACCACAUCGUAACACACAUAACGACUCAUCACGAACCAGCGUUCCAUAUCCUUAUUUUAUCAUUACCAUAACAAACUAUCCACAAUUGACACAACGUACGCAGUGGUACCCGACGUCCGACGAAACUUUGAAUCCUCAAUCACAACAUAACUGCAUGUUUAUGCCGGGUGUUCUCGCCCACUUCGGAACCGGUUCUACCGAUCAACAUGAACGAUUGCUGUACAAUACUGUUCGAUAUCAAAUUCGACAAAUUAUUCGAGCAUACCUUCGACAUACUCGACAAUCAUAUCCAAUUCACUUGGUUUUCGACUUGGCCGAUCUAGCAACAGACGGCUGA